CAGCAUGAAAUUCAUGCUUUGAAAGUAUAACUUACCCAAAUGUGCUUUUUCUGCAUUGAGCAAGAUGAAAAAAGUAGGAUAUAAUUUAUAUACGGUAUUUGGCGUUCUCUUAUUAGCAUGCAAAAUAUCAGGUGAUCUACGUGAUCUGAAAAAUGGCUUCAGAUGUCGAGAAACAGCAGAAAUUUUUGGGAAAACAAGAAAUCACAUUUUUGAGGUUCACUGCAGAUAUCCUUGCUUGAGAACUGAUGAUAAAAUUCAAGUCUGGGGAACAAAUAUUUUUUCUUUGAAUUCAUCUGUAUGCAAAUCAGCCCUUCAUGAUUUAAGAAUAUCCAUAUGGAAUACGAAUGCGAGAGACGUUCGACUGAGUUUCAAACACUUCAAGGGAAUAAAUAUGGGUUCAGUUCGAUUUGGAUACAUGUCAAAAGACUUGAAUGCAGUCAACGAAACUUUUGUUUUCGAAUUUGUGAGUCCAAGAAUCACAGAGAGAUUAUUCGAUAUAGUGUCAGUGCAUGAAGAUUUUCUUCACGGGAAAGGGGAAAACCAUACCCAGUAUUGCUUUGUAGCUUCAAAUGCUCCAACUAUGAAGAUGAAUUUUCAGCCAUUUAAGAAAAGAAACCUUCUUGAACCACAACAGUUUACGCAGAGAAUUUUUUCCAUUGAAGGAAAUUCUACUGCGUUUGAAUAUACGUGGUCUGACGAAGAAUCUGUAGAACAUACAUCUGGAGGUUUUGAAUGCAUACCAGAAUAUUCAACUUUAUCAUCUGUAACUUCCAUAGCCUUUAGAAGUGAUGCCUUCUUUCUUCCUCGUAAAUUUUCAAUAACUGCAAGUAUAAAUGAUACAGUUGUUUUGACACUGGAAGAGCAGGAGAAAAAAAAUUUUGCACAGUGUGAAACAAUCUGGAUGAGGGAUGGAAAGCCGCUGAACAGAGAAUUAUUCAAACGUAUACAGAGGACUUCAAUUACAAUCAACACAUCUGACACUAGUUUUGCUGGUAUAUAUAGCCUCGGAUACAAAAAUUAUUCCUCUCUGAGACGUGGUUUUAUACGAUUGAUCGUGAGAACUUGCCCCAAUGGAAAGUUUGGCAGCAGUUGUUCAGAAAACUGUCCUCAUUGUUUAAAUGGUGGAGUAUGUCAUGACCUCACAGGUGUUUGCAUUUGUGCUCCUGGAUUUAAUGGCACUUUAUGUGAGAAAGCCUGCUUUCCUGGUUAUUUUGGAAAUGAAUGCAAUUUACAAUGCUCUGUUCAAAAUGAAGAACAGGAAUUUGAAGCUUGCAUUGGGAAAUUGCUAUGCUUGCCCGAUCCAUACGGAUGUACAUGUGCUGCGGGGUUAAGUGGACAUUUUUGCAAUGAGAGCUGUCCUCCAGGAUUUUAUGGUGCAAAUUGCAAUGAAAAACAGGUAGGUCAUUGUGAGGAAGGAAACUACAGUAUAUAUUCUGGACUUUGUGAAAAUGCAUGUGCUGAUGGUUGGCAUGGAAUUUAUUGCAAUGAAAGUUAUCCUGUUUUAACACAUUUACCUCAGUUGCUAAACGUUUCUAAAUUUAGUAUUAGAAUUUCAUUUGAAGAGUGGACUAAUGAAACUGGAAUAGGUUAUGGCACACCGAAAUAUUACCAAGUAAUAUAUAAGGAAAUGAUUAAUGGUUCUUGGCAAUUUGGACCACUGAUUGAUACAUUAGAAGGAACCAAAAAUUAUGAAGUAGAGAUUAUCAAUUUACUACCAGGCAAACAAUAUUUUGUAGCGGUUAUUGUCCGAGAUAUUAGUGGCAAUGCUCAGAAGUAUGAUCUUAGUAUGCUAAAUGUUACAACUGUUUGUGAUCGGCCAUUAUCUCCUCCUACAAAUAUCCAGUUUUAUACUGAUGGCAGAAAAAUAAACUUAAAUUGGAAAAUUCCACCAGCAGAAAAAUGGAAUUGUUGGGAUAUUGAAAGUGUGAUUAUUCUCAAUGAAAGCCAGUCAAAUAUUAGUAUAAAAAAUACAACAAAGGGUUUAUUUUAUUCAUUCUUAUCGGACAUCUUUAUGACAUGGCAAAUUCAGAUAUGUCUUUCGCCUAUGGACGAAAGAUCAGAAGAUAUCAUCUGCUCAGAUUUUAGAACUGUAACUGUUAAAGGUGACGUCCCUGGAGCCCCUGAAACUGGAUUUGUAUUUCAAGAGACAGAUUCAUCAUUUGUUGUCAAAUGGAAAGAACCCAUGAUUAAAAAUAAUUUUACCAAAUAUAAAAUUACUUUGCUUGCUGUGGACAGUUUUAACAUAUCAUAUAUAGGUUACAAAAGACAUAUAGUUCUGAACGAAAAAGUUAGAACAUUUCUAUUUGAUAAUCUUUUACCAGCUACAUCAUUUACACUUCUUAUUCAAGCUGGAAAUGAAGCUGGUUUUGGAAUCCCUCUGCAUUUACUGACUUCAACAAAGAAAACAGCUCCUGUAAUAAGUAUACCCUUUGAAAUUUUAAAAUCAAGAGGUCCAGAAGUAGUGAUUAAAUUGGCUUCUGCAGAAACUUCUGGCAUCAGCAUAAGCGCUUAUUUCAUAGUUAUUGUUCCUGUGAUUACUAAUGAUUCUUUGGACCAUAUUAUAUCUGAUAAUAUAUAUCAUGUAAUGAGUUGUUCAAGUUCUAUUAAUAUAACAUCUGUGUAUGUCGCUGGUAAAAUUAAUUAUGUUCCCCAAAAUGGUACAUGUUUUACAAUUGGAACUGGAGUCUGUGAAAAUGGUUAUUAUAAUCCACCUCUGAAAUUUGGAAUGACAUACAAAAUAGGAAUAUCUGCGCUACUUCUUUAUGGCCAAGAAAGUUUGAUAAGUGAUAUAAAUUAUAUUCCUGAGCUUUUAAAAAUAGAAGUUAGUCAUCCUCAAAAGGCACAUAAUAUAUUGGGAAUUUCCUUUAGUGUAUUGAUUCCUUUGUCAACUGUACUUGUUAUUGGUGUGCUUUUCUAUUAUUACAAGAAAUAUGCAACUCAAAAUUUCUCUGAUCUGAAUGUUAAAUUUUUUUCUUUCAAUGAGACAACCGAACAUGAAUUUUCUGCAUGUAAUGAAGCUUUGGAUGAAAUGGCUAUUAUUGAGACAGAAUCAGUUUGUGAAGAUCUGACUAACAGGAUUGCAGUAAAAGAUCUAUUGCAGUAUUUAAAAAACAAUAUACAAAAUAAUAAGAUCAAAGAUGAAUUUUUGCGUCUUCCGAAAGGACAAAUUUAUCCAUGUAACACUGCAAAAAUGUCAAAGAAUAAACCAAAGAAUAGAUAUAGAAACAUCCUACCAUAUGAUCAUAGCAGAGUUAUUCUGGAUGUUAUUGAUAAUAAUCCUCACUCUGAUUAUAUUCAUGCUAGUUAUAUUGAUGGAUACAAGAAGUCCGAAAAAUAUAUUGCAACUCAAGGGCCUGUAGCUUCAACAAUCAUAGAUUUCUGGCGCAUGAUUUGGAAGGAAAAUUCAUCUAAAAUACUCAUGACAACUAAUUUGGUAGAAAGUGGAAAGGUAAAAUGUGAAAAAUAUUGGCCUGAUGAAGCAGAUGUGUAUGGAAAGAUAUUUGUAGAACAUCAAUGUACGUACAGUUUGGCAGAUUUUACUGUAAGAACAUUCUGCAUAUCUAAAGGUCAAGAAUCCAGAGAAAUUAAGCAUUAUCACUUUACCACUUGGCCUGAUCAUGGUGUACCUUCCAAUACAACACCAUUUGUAAACUUCUUGAGAAAAGCACGUGCAUACGAUAGCAAGACUGAGAGUCCAGUUGUAAUCCAUUGCAGUGCAGGUAUUGGGCGUACAGGAACUAUCAUACUGUUAGACAGCAUGAUUGAAAUGGGUCAGAAGGAAAAUCAUGUUGAUCCUUUAGAACAAUUAUGUGCUAUGAGACGGCAGCGUAUGAAUAUUGUGGAAAAUUUUGAUCAAUAUUUAUUUGUGCAUUAUGCGUUAGUUGAAGAAUUGUGCAUUGGACAAACUUCCAUCAAAUGUGAUGUUUUUAAAAAUGAAUACAGAAAUUCAUUACAAAAUGAAAAAAUAAAUUUACAUCUUCAGAAACAAUUUCAGAUGCUAAAUGAAUUAUGUCCGCAUUUAUUGUACAAAGAUAUGCAAGCUGCUUAUUUGUUGGAAAAUCAAGAGAAAAAUAGAUAUAUGCAUAUCUUACCUGCUGAUUCCUCUCGCCCAUUUUUACCAAGAAAUUAUGAAAAUUCAGGCUACAUAAAUGCUGUGUUUGUUGAUGGAUACAGAUGGAAAAAUGCUUACAUAGCUACUCAAUAUCCUCUUCCUCAGACAAUUGUUGACUUUUGGAGUAUGAUCUAUGAAAUAAAAUCUACUGUUAUUGUACUCUUACAAGACAUUGAUAUCCAAGAUUCGAAAAAUCCACAACUAUGGCCAUCUUCUGAUCUGGAAGUUUUUGGCAACCUUCAAGUUGAAUGCCAGAGUGUAAAAACAGAAGAUAAUACAAUAGUUAGAGAACUAUACUUGAGAAUUCCAAGUGAGAUGGAAGAGAAAGAGCCACUACCUGUGAAUAUUUUUCAAGUACUUAACUGGCCAGUUACUGAUAAUUUGCCUUCUGAUACUUCUUCUCUGCUGUCAGUAUUAAAGAAAGUAAAUCCAUCGCAAUGUAAACUGCCUAUUACUGUAAUAUGUUUGUAAGUAUAUCAUUCAGCAAUUUCAAAUAAUAUUGUCAGCUAUUCUGAAUGUACAUUAUCAUUACAUUCUGGAGUUAUAGUAUAAAGUAUUUCUCUUUUGUUCCACAU